AUAUCACGUGAUCCAAAAUGGGCAGUCCUCUGACGGUGCUGAAAAAAGCCAUUUUCUGGCGCUGCUGCAAAUUCUGCCCAAGUCCAAAUAAUUUACCUGGAUCUUGGCUGGGAGGAGAGGCUAACUUUGAUGUGUGAUCAGGUCUGUCCAGAUGGAUAAAAUGCAGCCCAACCGGAUUAAAAUCACAGAUCUGAACUCACACCUCACAUGCCCACUGUGCGCUGGCUACUUAAUUGAUGCCACAACCAUCGUAGAGUGCCUGCACUCCUUUUGUAAAACUUGCAUCGUUGCCUUCCUGGAGACAAAUAAGUUCUGCCCUCGAUGUGACGUUCAGGUCCACAAGACAUGUCCUCAGCUCAGCAUCCGAGCUGACAAAACUCUACAAGAUAUUGUUUAUAAGCUUGUUCCGGGAUUAUUCAAAGAUGAGAUGAAACGGAGGCGGGACUUCUACGCAGAGAACCGUGUGCUGGAACCAGGGGAAGUGGUGGAGACGUUUAACAUAGCAGAGGAUGAAAUCAUCAGUCUGUCCAUACAGUUCUACGAGAGGAACAAAAAUAAUGAGAGGCAGCAUUCAGAGCUGGAAGGUGAUAAGGCCAACGGUAAACGCUUCCUGCAGUGCCCAGCAGCCAUGUCCGUCAUGCACUUAGCAAAGUUCCUCCGAAGCAAGAUGGAUAUCCCUAACAACUACCGGGUAAUGACACUUUGUACCCACACACAGCAACCCAUGCUGUAUUGAUUUAAACAAACUAUCAGGGUUUCCACCAGGUUUCCACACAAUAAUAUCGAGGGACUCUAAAUUACACAGUUGUAAAAUCUGAUACAAAGGCAGGUCAUACCAGGCAGUGCAACAUAUUGACUAACAAAGCUUUAAAGAAACAAAUGUAACGUUUCAAAGUGAAGUGCUUUUCUGCAAAAAGCUAAUGGCAGUAAUUUAGGACCAGAACUGAACUGUUUUGGUUCACUCAUGCUACUCAUUUCUGGUUUGCUGUCAGGUGUAGCGUACAGCUGUUUCAAGUGAAAACAGUCAUAUAAACAAAGUUAAUCUGAGCAUUUUACAGAAGACAAAUGCCACAUUUCUACUCAACAUUUAGUUUUUUUUGUUUGCAGAAGUUAUGGAUGAUAGUACCUACUGCUUUUUUUGCGAGCACAAUGUUGAGGCUCCAAGCAAGCAAAGCUGAAACCAGAAGGUUGAGUUAUAUCACUGCAGACCUGUGAUUGGUCAGAGAAAAUCAUUACAAGUGUGACACGGGGCAUGCUGCACAAACUUGACAUUUUUAAAUAGCCACUCUAUUAUCAAAAAGAACCUUAAACUAGGUUAUAAGUGCACUGAAGAUAUCAGCAUGAUGUUGCUAUAGCUACUAGCUGAGAAUCCUGCCUUCAUGGAGCAGUACUAUGCAUGCACUGUGGAAGACAACAUAUAGAGUAGCUAUAGCUAGCUGAUGAACUUUGUGAAAAAAGAAGCAGCAAAAGAGCAAGAUAUUUUUCUCAGGAGUUGGAGUCACAACGUCACAAUAGAGUUAAAAGGAUCUUUUUUUUUUUUUUAGACAUGAAGUCGACAAAUAAACACGGCAACAUUUUUUUACAAAAACAACUAAUGUUGUUAUCAAGAAGACAACGGUUGACAACCAUAACAGCUUUGUAAGCCGAUCCAAUUUCAUUGUCAUGUUUACAACUGGUUCCACCACCAUUCGUCUCCAAAAGAACAGUUAUUAUUUGAACUAUGUCACGGUAAAGAGAGAACAGGGAAAGCAUGGCUCUGAUCCACAGUGAGACAGCUUUCACAAUAACACGUCUCUGGAUCUCUGUCACCGUUGCACCUGUGCUUUUCUUGUUAUGAAAAGUCAUA